UAUUGUGACAGUCUGGGAGCGGAAGUGACGCUGGGAUGUACCUGUCGGUCCUCCCCAGCAGACAGCAGUCGCUGACGGGCCGCUGAGCGGGAGACAUGUCUGUCUACAGCAGAGAGGUCCAGCUGGCCACCGGCUUCCUGUGCAGCAGCCGAGGAGCCAUGCAGCUGCUGCAGCUGCACCGGAAGCUGCUGCAGCGCUGCAACAUCACCGAAGAAGAGUUCUGCUUCAUCAUCCAGCGCUGCCCCCGCUUUCUGCUGGUGCGCGGCCCGGCGGGGGGCGGCGGGGAGCGGGUGGAGGACUGCGCGGUGGUCGCCAAAACCUCCCUGCGGCUGUGCAGCAGGUACUGCCGGGAGGAGUGCAGCGGGCUCGGCCGGGAGCAGGGCGGGGACUGUCAACAGCUGCACCUCUGCAAGUUCUUCAUCUACGGAAACUGCAGGUUCGGCAAAGGCAGGAAGUCGUGCAAAUUCUCCCACGACAUUCGUUCAGAUCACAACUAUCGAUUACUGAGAGAGUGUACGCUGCACGAGCUCAACGAAGACCAGCUGUUCCUGCUGCUGCUGCAGAACGACCCUGCGCUGCUGCCAGAGGUGUGUUUGCACUAUAACAAAGGCUCGGGUCCUCACGGCGGCUGCACCUUCCAGGAGAACUGCACCAAGGUUCACCUGUGUCAGCACUUCGUUCAGGGCGACUGCAUGUUCGGACUCAAGUGUAAUCGACAGCACGCCAUCGACCAACAUGGCCGCCACAUGUUGGAGGAGAGAGGGCUGAGCGGAGACGUCAUCCAGGCGCUGCCCUUCAUCUACAGGAACAUCCACCAUCUGGCCGCUGCUGCCGCCUCCACAGAGAAAAUUCCCGAUUCUUUGUGUAAACGUGCCGAUCAGAGCGGCGACACAAACAUCUGUCUGCACUUCAUCAGAAACAGCUGCAAGUUUCAAGACGAGUGCCGCUGUGUCCACUUCCACCUGCCCUACAAGUGGGAGGUGUUUGAUGGUGUCACCUGGACAGACCUGCAGAACAUGGAGGACAUCGAGCGAGAUUUCUGUGACCCGUCUAAGACACAGAGCUGCGGCGAUCAGCCCGUCAACUUCCUGACGAUGAGUCAGGAGUCGCAGCCCGUUCGCCGUCUCUCCACGGUUUCCUCGGUAACAAAGCCGCCUCACUACAUCCUGACAACUCAGUGGCUGUGGUACUACAAGGGGGACCACGGGAACUGGAUGGAGUACGGACAGCCGGAUGAAAAGCAGCGCACCACAUCAGUGACAUCGCGGACUCUGGAGGAUUUGUUUCUGUCUGACAGAACAGCUGAAGUCAAAGUGGUAAAAGGCCAAAGACAGUACGUCAUCAGCUUCAAAGACAUGUACCAGAGGAACCCCAAACACAACACCAAGAGGAGAGUUCGUCGUCGUCCACGCUUCGUCUCCGUGGCCGAGGUGCAGAAACUGGCCGCUCAGUAGAGAAACCAUGAACCGGUGCGGUCCUGGUCUGAACAGGCUGGAUCUGAUUAAGUGCCUUAUCUUGGUACAUCUGGAAUUAUUUCUUUAACUGAAGUGUCAGUCCCAUGUUUCCUUCAGUUCACUCCUCUGACUUCCCUCCUUGACUGUAAAAAUGCUCAUGAGUCUGUUACUGUAGGUUUUGAUGGAUUUUAAGCCAUCAUCAGUUAGCGGUGUGUCAGUCAGUCCACCACUUUGGUUCAGACUGAAAUAUCUCAACAACUAUUGGAUGGAUUGUCAUGAAAUUUUGUUAAGAUGUUCGUGGUCCUCAGAGGAUGAAUCCUGAUCACUCUGGGGAUCACAUAAAUUUGAAUCUGGUGCCUACAACAACCAACAAGAUACUUCUUAAACUAAGGACCAAAUUCUCAUUUUGCUAACAUUAGCACCUUGUGUUAGCUGAUAUUGGCUAGCUUUAAUGCUUGCAUGCAACAUAACAUGUUACUACAUGCUAGCAUAAUAACAUGGUAACUGUUUUUGUUUAUCUUUAGGGGACAGUACACAUUAAUCAACACACAUUUAACAACAUCAAUGUAAAUGUGUAGCAGGGUUAGCUCAACAGCUAAUGUGCACUCAAGUCCAGACACAACUAAAACCUGACAAAGAGUUUAUGCUAACUCAAAAUCUGUUAACCAUAAUGCAAACAUUAGCUUAUCUUAACAUGCUAAUGUAAGCUAACGUGAGUAUGUUUUACAGCAUGCACUGUAGAUAGAAAUCCAAAGACAUCACUUCCUGUCUAGCUUCUGUAACUCGAGACAAUCUCGCAUUCAGCAUUUCUUUCAUCGGUCUUUGUGAAAAAAUUAAGCGUGUUGCUGAAUGUUUACUGUCCAUAUUCUCAGACAAAUUAACAAAAAGACAAGCACUUUAUAUUUGUGCUAUUAGAUAUCGAAGCUUUUGUGAUUUAACUUAAACGAUUAUGUUGUUAGAAUACAAAAAACUACAGCUCCCAUGAAAAUGUACCACCGUGGUAGUGUAGAUUUGAAGGCCACUAAAAACAAACGUAUUUAAUAAACAAUGAUAAUAGUUCUUUUUUAAAAUUUACAGUCCUGAUCUAAACACAUGACGACUGUUGAGUAAGGUUUUGUUGCAAGGCUGGAUUUUUAGUUAUCAGCGUUGUUACUCACGUCAGUCGGAUUCUGAAUGAGGUUUUCGGACUUCUGGAACAGAACCAGAGACACAAACAUCAAGCGUGCCAUGAAAAAAUAUUACAUGUUACUGUAAAGACAAGUUUAAAAUGUUACUGAACAUUUGUCCAUUUUUAAAAAUGUGCAGAAAUUAGGACUUUUUCAUAUGGAUUAGUUGAUGUUUACUUUAUGUUUAUAAUUACUUUAUGUGGACUCAUGUGGCAGCAGCUCAAACGCAUUAAAUAGCCAAUAUUGAUACUUUGCACAUACUGUAGGUCUCUUUGAGCGGUUGAUGUCUGUUGCAUGUUUUUCGAUAAUACUUGUAUUGGAGACCCUUUUCUAGGUGUAACAGUUACUUUGUGUUUUAAUAAAUUUUCUGAGUAAGA